UUGCAUAACAUGCAAACAAUUGUUGUGUUUUUGCAUGUCAUAUUCCUUGUUAAACCGGCUUUCAUUAUUAAUAUUUACAUUUCAGGAACGGCAGAUGAUAUUUACAUAGAUCAGAUGAUAUCCAAACCAUCAUCAGAGUAACUGCGCUUGCACUGGAGAAGAUGUCGUUGCCUGAGCAAAUGACAAACAAUCUGGAAAAGAUGAAAAGUGGAUUUGGCACAUUUCCAUUUACUAUUGCAUUAUUCGGAUUGGAAAUGUUAAUGGAUCGUGAAUUUUCUUGCCCGUGUGACCCAGGUCUCAACGUGACCCUGAUCGUCUUCCUCUUCGUCGGUCCUGCUUUCCUGGCUCUGACUGUGUUGGUGUUCAUUCGGAGACCUUGUAAACGUAAAUCGCAGAGUUCCGCUGAGGUCUUUUCAUUUUGUCUGAUUCCUCCUUCACUGUGGAUCUUUCUGCUGUUGUUUGAGGGGGAAUAUUUGGCUUGUGGUUUGGCGCACUGGGAAGGAGACUACGUUUUGGAUGAAGGGCGUCAGAUUAAAUGGUGCAAACCCAGUGGAUUGAAUGACAACAAAACGAUCAGAACCGACUUGCUAGAACUGACUGAAAAGGUCACUUUCUACUCAAGGCUUUCUGCUUUAGCUCUGCUGUCCCUCCUCUGCAUUUCUUUCAUGACUGUCCUCGUUUGGAGUGACUGUAAAACCAGACCUCUGGAGCAGCUGAAGAAGUGGGAUGAGCAAACACAACAAACAUCUCUAAGCGGCACGGAAGCAGAACUACAGCAGCCACCAGUUUGAACACUUCAAAAACAACCAGUAUAGGUUUAUGCUUUUAUCUGGAACAACUUUUGAAUUUUGGAAAAUUUGUCACUAUACAGGAUAUGAGUACCACACAAUCAUUUUCUAAAGCACUUCUGAACACUAGUAGAAAGAGACGCUCUUGGCAAGCAAUACUGUCUUAAUAGUAUAUUUUAAAUGAAUAAAGCUGAUUAUUAAUAAC